AUGGACGUCGGUUUAUCCUCUGCGGAGUUUUUCUAUGGUACGACCCUACGGAUUCCCGGGGAGUUCGUUCUCCCAGAUGAUUUCAGACCAAAUCUGCAAAUAUUCUUGGAAGAAUUUCGCGAGCACAUGCGAUCGAUGAAAUCAGUACCGGUCGGACAUCACGGUAAUAAACGAGCAUUUUUACAUAAAGAUUUGAAUUCAUGUUCACAUGUUUUCGUUCGAGUAGGACCUGGAAAAAAGUCCCUCGAGCGUCCGUACACUGGUCCGCAUAAGGUUGUGAUGCGAACCUCUGAUCGCGUUUUCGGAAUAGAGGUAAAUGGAUCUUCACGCCAAGUUUCAGUAGAAAAUUUGAAGCCUGCGUAUUUUCUUCGGAAUGAUAUUGUUAAUCUCGCAACGACUAAUAGUAAAGAAAAGACUGCGACAAAUGUAGUUCCAGUACAGUGA